AUGGCGGAUGAUCAUGGCCCUUCAAUUCGCAAUGUUGACCUAACACUGGCUUCAGUGGCCAGCGUCGCAGUCGCCCUGCGAUGUUAUGUCCGCCUGAAGCUUGUCAAGUCGUUCGGAUGGGAUGACACAAUCAUGGUACUCGCACUGUUAUUCCAGAUUUCCCUCGCCGUCUCCGCCAGCUACGGGACGUUCUAUGGAAUCGGAAGAAAACUCGCUGAUAUUAACGCAGAAGACAUGAAAACAGCUAAGUUGUGUUGGUGGUUAGGCCAAAUCUUCUACAUCCUCUCCUGCUGUGCGACUAAGAUCUCCGUCUGUAUCUUCCUGCUUCGUGUAACCGUCAGCAAGGCGCACUUCCGGAUCCUGUACACGGUUAUGGGGCUCACUGGAGUUAUCAGUUUUGUUUUCUUGAUGAUCAUGAUGGUGCAGUGCCAACCUAUCUCAUACUUUUGGGACAGAGUUGGACAGAUAGGCAAAUGUCUGGACCCAGAAGUUGCCAGCUCGUUCUUAUAUGUCUUCAGUGUUACCAGUGCCAUCUGUGAUUUUACAGUCGGCCUUUUACCAGCAUCCCUGGUCUGGAAUUUACAGAUGAAUAAAUACGCAAAGAUUACCGUAGCCACACUGAUGGGGAUGGGCUGCAUCGCCAGUACUGCAGUGGUCGUCCGAAUACCGUUUAUCCAAGAGUACAAACGCCAGGAAUUUCUCUAUGAGACAGCAAACCUGGCCAUCUGGUCCAACGUUGAGAGUGGGCUUGGUAUUACGGCUGGAAGCUUAGCAACACUGAGACCACUGUUUCGUUUCCUCCGCAACCGCAGUGCAUCCUGUGACAGCACUUCCGGUACCAAUCCAUUACAUAGAGGCCUCAGUGGCCAUCCUAGUUCCACAGCGCCGGGUGUCUUUAGCUCUGGCAGGCUCGGGAAUAACAAGCACAUGUCUAAUUGCCAUAGGACGGAUAACGUGGGAGUGCCUAACCAUUCCCGCAGCGUCAUUGCCGAUGGACUAGGCAUAAUCACAACCGUUCAAGGCAACUGGUGGCGGAAAUCCAAUGAAGGGCGAAAUUACCGCACGAAAUCUUAUGGAGGAAGUACCAGCGCGGAGGACCUGAAUCCAAAGGAGACAGUUUAUGGCAGCGACUGCAAACGUAUCAAUUCUGCGAAUGAGGGCAACGCGAUUUACCAGACGCACGAGCUCACAAUGUUGGAUGAAUAUGUCCCAGUUUAA